UAAUGAGAUGAGAUGAGAUGAGAUGAGAUGAGAUCUUUAAAAAUAACUCCACGGGCUAAUACAGGCUUUAACUCUACAGAGGAAUAAAACGCACAAUCUGGCAACCCCUGGCUGAAGAAAGAGCCGCGGCUAAAACGCACGGAGCGGUUUGGGACCACAGCAGUGCCUUCUGUAGCUUUCAGCGGAUGUUUCGUCUGCCUUCUUCCUUCUUCACCUUUUAUCCCGUCUUCUUUCAUGGACACUUCUGAACAGACAUGAGUGCGGGCUGUGGCAACCCGCCGGACUGAUUCAACAAUUUAAAGGAAUCUUUACUUCGGUUCGGACCGACAGAAACACCGGAUGCUUUCUCGCUCUUCUUUUCUUUAAGAUCGCAUGUGACAGACAGACAGACAGACAGAAAGAAAGAAAGAAAGACAGGCAGACAGACAGGCAGUGUCCCUGGAUGAGAAAUGGCUCUCGCGCUCACCAUCCUCCCGGUUUUGUGCGUGCUCGCGGCGUGCGCGCGCGCCGACAGCAACAACGCAGGCGGCAAAGCGCGCAGCUGCUCGGACGCGCGGCGCUUCUACAGCGGCAAAGGCUUCACGCUGAACGGAGUCCCGCACGCAGAGAUAUCCGGUGAGCAUCUGCGAGUGUGUCCUCAAGGCUAUACCUGUUGCACAAGCACCAUGGAGGAGACGCUGUCCAACCUGAGCCGCAGAGAGUUUGAGGGCUUAGUAAGGGAGGCAGGACGCUCCAUUCAGGCUUCACUGAACGCCCAGUACAGGAGCUUCGACACAUACUUUCUGGAACUCCUGGACAGGUCUGAGAGCUGGCUGGAGGAAUCCUUUGUUAAGGCUCUGGGAUCUCUGUACGCACCCAAUGCUGGGGUUUUCCGUGACCUCUAUGCUGAUCUGCGCCGAUAUUACCGCGGCACGUCACUGAAUCUAGAGGAGGCACUGGAUGAUUUCUGGAUGCGCCUCCUGGAGCGCUUACUGAAGGCCUCCGACCCUUCACUGGUCUCUGAUGAUUUCCUUGAGUGCGCGUCCAAACAGACAGAGACCCUGCGUCCAUUCGGGGAUGCUCCACGGGAGCUCAGGGUCCGACUGGUGCGUGUGUUGGUCGCUGCUCGUGCCUUUGUGCAGGGUCUCAACGUGGCUGGAGAGGUUGUGAGGAAAGUUUCUCAGGUUCCGCUGAGCCCUGAGUGUAACCGUGCCAUCAUGAAGCUGGUGUACUGCCCACACUGCCGCGGCCUUGGCUCGGCCAAACCCUGUGCCAACUACUGUAAGAAUGUCAUGAAGGGCUGCUUGGCUAAUCAGGCUGACCUGGAUGCGGAGUGGCAGAAUCUCAUUGAUAUUAUGCUUCAGGUGGCUGCUAGCUUCGGCUCUGAACCUAGUAUGGACAUGGUGCUGCACUCCAUCCCUGUCCGCAUCUCUGAGGCUGUGCUGCACAUGCAGGAGAACAUGGAGCUCUACACCAUCAAGGUUUUCCAGGCAUGUGGAGGGCGUGGAGAGGAAGGCACCCAGAGCUCGGUAUCUGAUGAGCCCAAAAAGAAAGGAAAAAGUGUAACAGCACUGGAGUACAAAGCCAGCUCCUCAGCGGCUGUUAGACUGGAAGUGCAGGUCUCUGAUGUAUCUAGUAAACUGAAGGAGAUGCAGUUGUACUGGAUUCAGCUCCCCUCUGCUCUGUGUGACAGUAAAGCAGCUUCCGGUUCCUCCAGCGAUGAAGACUGCUGGAACGGCGUGGCCAAAGCACAGUACCUCCCUCAGCUCAUGGGAGAUGGUCUGGCCAAUCAGGUCAAUAAUCCUGAGGUGGACAUUGACAUCACCAAGCCUGACAUGACGAUACGGCAACAGAUCAUGCAGCUAAAGAUCAUUUCUAAUCGCCUGAAAAACGCCCUUGAUGGUAAUGACGUGGAUUUUCAGGACACGAGUGAUGACAUCAGUGGUUCAGGCAGUGGGAUGUGCAAUGAGCAGCUUUGUGCCCGAAGCAGGCCACCAGUCUUUGGGCCUAAACUGGACAGACCCAAAUUAGAUGCCUACAGCCCAGAGGGCAAACAAGUGAGAGGUGGUGGAAGUCCGAUUGUACCCUCUGCCUUCCUAAUCGUAGUGCUGAUCAUGAUCAGUCUGCUGUUCAGACGGUAAUACAAACGCAGUCCUGCCGCCAAACUGGACGUUAGUCGAGGAGUGAAGAAAAACUGACAAGUUAGUGAGCUGACGAGAUUGCCAAAUGAAAAAAAUCAUGUGGCUGUUUGGACCUUUUAUCUCUGAGAGACUGAGGGAAUGACGUCUUUUUUGUAAUGUGUGUAAGUUUUACAGCUGAUUUUGUCUUUCUCUGUACCUUUUGAAUGUCAGAAACGUAACAACUUGGAGAUUUUUUUUUUAUAAUGGUGCACAUGACUCAGAAACCUCUUAAGGAAGCUGUCCAAGCAGUAGAGUCAGUGUUUCAUUUCAUUUUACAAUGCUAAUUUAUAAACAACUUCCUUUUUUCAGCACUUCACAAAUAAAAUUUAAAAAAGUUAAAAAAAAAAAUCUACAUGUUUGGAUGCAUGGACAUGCAUUUAAGGGAAGAUCAAACACCUGUCCAAGAAUAAUAAAUGAUUAGGUAAAAUAAAAUGAACUAAAUUCAGUUGUCCUGCUUCAUCCGGUCAGACUGUCAUCGGAUCUUCCUGUAUUGUCAUUCGACUUUAAGCUCCUGUUGCUGGUUGACGUGAAUUAAAAACAAUAAAUAUCUGUCAACGUG